AUGAGCAAGGACAUGGCCAAGCAAGGCGAACCGGGCGAGCUGCACAACCCGGAAGCCAUCGCCCACAAUAAUCGGGCCAUCUUCUUUUGUCGAAUCAUUGUGGCGAGUGUGGCAGGAAGUGCGGCAGGCAUUCUGGGGGUGACCGGCUUGGGAGGAUUCAUCUUCUACGCGGCAGCGUCUGCACUGGUGUCGCUGCUCGUUCUCCACCGAACAGGCUACAACACAAGCAAGUACUUCACCAGCCCCUCCGCCUUGUGGACCGAGGCUGUUGGACAGGGCCUUUUGUCCUACGUGCUGUUCUGGACGCUCUUCUACGGCUUCGCGUACAUCUUCUGA